CGACGAUAAAUCGGACGUGUUCGUUCGAUCCGAUCCUCGGAGCGUAAUUCUUCUCUGACGCGGACGACAUCCCUUCUGUUUCUCUUUCGCUUAUUCUGUCAUCGACGAUGAAAGUGAAAGCAAAUCGGUGGUAGAUCGGUGCGAAUGAUAAUUCGUCGGUGAAUAUUUAACGGUGGUGGAACGACACGCGCGCGAGAAAGGGACCGAGUGAAAGAAGAAAUGGCCGAGAAGUUUGUCCUGCAGAAAAAUAUGGCGAACACGUGCGAAACGCCGCGAUCGCGGCGACGAAACCGGCCGACUUUCUUAGAUUUGUCCAACAUCACGCGAUCCCGUUCAGCGACCGGGCUGUCGAAGAUCGAUUCACACGCCGAGGAUGAUGUGCUGUUCGUGUCGAGCAAGGAUAGCGAAAUUUCGGGCCUGUGGGUCAAUUAUCUUACCGCGUGUUUCGAACAGAUCAGCAGGCAACAGGGCCGGCCGCCGUUCAAAGUUCGUCACGUAACAAUCGAGGAACCGAUACAACCUGGUGCCGAAGAGAGGAUUCGAGCGGCUCGCUUACAGAUCGUCGUCGUGUGUCCAAUAUUGUUGGAACGAGCGCAAAGUCGAUCGGAGCAGGCGACCAACCUCUCCAGACAGCUGAUCACCGACAAGGUGCUCGCGAUGAUGUUGGGCGUCCACGAUAGCCACAUCAGCGACGUGCACAAGUCGAUCCUGGUCUCGUACAACCAGUGGCGGAAGUUCUUCGUGAAGGAUCAGGACGAGACGUUCGUCGGCGAGCUGCUGGGCGCCGCGGUUGCAAUUCUCGGCACAACGCCGCCUCCUGCGUUGAGGUGCGACAAAACCGCGUUCUCCGUGCACCCGAAGAAAGUCAAACUGGGUCACAAUAGGAUAAUCGCGUUGUUGAACGACCCGCUACGACCCGAGGACAACGUGUCAGUGAUCGUGGAUCGUUGCGGCGAAGCGAUCGAUAUCGCCCACGUGAAACGAAGAAAUCCCUACGCCUUGCAGUUCUCCAUUCCGGACAGAUGCUUAGAGGUGUCGAUGUUGGUCGGUGUUCGUAUAUCGAAAAACGGUUGUCCACUCGGUGUGAGGCAAGUGAAAUGCGAGAGCAGGCUCAGGGAACUCGAUCAGAUCCUCAGAGCACACGACAAUCCCCUAGAAUUUAUGUGCCAGACCUUUGGCUUCAAUCCGGGUGACCGAGAGAAACUGGAUAACUGGAUGGUCCACGCGUUUCAACGAAACGUUCCGCCGCACUUCAACCUUCUGUCCACGCCCAGUGGCGUGGUGUCUACUCAGAAAGUUCACUCGAGCCCCGAAGAGAAUCCGACACUGUUGCAUUUCGCUGCCCGUUUCGGCCUGGAGAGAUUAGCCUGGCAGCUGCUGGAGUGUCCAGGCGGUGACAUAGCGUGCGAUCUGAGGAACGUGUCGGAACUCACACCUGCGGAUCUUGCAGAGCAGGCGGGACACGCGAGAUUAGCGCAUCAGCUUCGUGGCUACAUGGCGCGGACCCAUCGACGAUUAACACACCAAACGACACCAAUAACGACAAGGAGGAUUAUUGUCGUCCACGACCUUUGAGCGAAGUUUACUCGGUGCCACCAGCUGCAAGACCAAUAACUUCUUUGAUCCUAUCGGGGCAAUUUUCAGCAACACCCAGCCCAACCACCAGUAACCCCAUUGAGGCAAAUUACUCGAUCGUACCAGCACCGACUCCCGUCAUUGUCAGUCCAUCGACGCCAACUUUUCCGACGACCAUUUCGAAUGGCCUUGAGCUCCCUCUUCAAGGUUACAUGAAAAUGCAUCCAGCUGGACCAAAAACACCAACGUCGAGCGUAGCAAACCAGCAGCCACCUCGAACAGCGACGCCCACGCAGAGUCGUUCAGAUUCACAUCCCAUGCUUGCUCGAGAAGAGAACAGCCAGUCUUCUUGCUCCUAUGGCAGAGCAACUUCCAAUUCUGGUAGUACGAAAUCGAGAGAACCGUCCGGGCCUCAAGACGAAUUGCUGGAAAUCAUAAACGAUUUCAAGAACAACGUGUUCACGAUAACGGAAGUCGAGAGACUAGUCGAGAACUGGAGGAAUCGCAACGACGUCCAACAGAGCUUCAAAGACAAACAGAGGCAACUCACCGCGAUGAGAGAAGAGUACGAAAGGAUACAAAAGAGAAUGAAAGAGGAAAUGAAGGCCCCUACUCCUUUCGAUAGAAUCAAAAAGUUCUUCUCUAAAGGGAAAAAAGACACGAAGGAUUCCACGAACGGAAGUGACGAUUCUUCUUCGACCAGCAAAGCGGAGAAUGUGAAUGGCGGACUGGCCGAUCGUAGACCAGUCAGCAGUCUGAGCCUUCGUAGUGUUUCGACUACAAAAUGCCAGAGAGGACAAAUCGGGCGUGAUGUCGUACGAAAUACCGCCGGCUCCAAAACCAUUCACAGGAAGGUAUUCCCCGGCGCUUAGGUAUUCCCCAUCUCCUCGUUCCUCGACUGGAAACGAUCCAGACGUGAGACCAUCUCAGCCAUCACUAAGAGGCGAGGACACUGAAUAUUACAUCGCCUUUCCACCUUCAGGAUUACCCAUUCACUUAAUUACCUCAGAGUCAGACUCUCCCAGACUUCCUGGCAAUAGUUACGCAAACAUCGACCCGCCUAUGCUAAACCCAGCGCCAAUACCGCCGGCUGGCAUGUGCAUUCCAACAAAUUACGUGAACGUGGUUCCAGCAUGCGUCAGCUCGUUUCAAGAAACUAUUCAACGUCAUCAGACUGAGCAGAGGCAUUCACUUGACUUAAGUCAUACGUCGGAGGCCACGAAGAAUUCAACGAAAGUCGAGGCUGCCAAUCAAACAGGGGAAAACAAGGUCGCUGAUAGCGUACAGGGUCAAGGUCAUGUCGUGAAUGAAGCACAAAGUCAAAAUAACGAGGAGUACGUGGAAACGAACCUAAUGAAUGAUUCAGAAGGCGUGGACGUCCCAGAUAUUGGUAAACUACCAGAAUACAUGAACGUCGAUAUUCCUCAGGAUCAAAAAACUGGCGCCACGAAGAAGAUACCUGCACCUCCUGUUCCACCAAGAGAUAUGAUUUCGAGAAACCAGGCUCCUGUCCACCACCUUUGCCAGUACGGAUUUGUAGCCAGUCCUGUUUCUCUGACGCACAAUGCUCAGACGUUGGUAAAUGUUGCCCCACCAAUUGCGGAGGCUUUAUUUGCACAAAACCUGUGACCAAGGUGGAAGCAGUUUCUAGAGAGAAACCAGGUUCAUGCCCAGCAGAACCAAAAGGAAGAUGGGUGUGUUCAUCAACCUGCAGCGUUGACAAUCAUUGUAGAGGAACGUUGAAAUGUUGCAAAAAUCGUUGUGGAGCAUUGGCAUGCCAGAAACCAGAUGUUGAGCUGAUUGAAUCUCUAGACAUUCCACUCGUUCCAGUGGAUGAUUCUUACAACAAUCCCAGGAAUCCUUACAGCAAUCCCAGAGAUCCAAAUAAUUACAUAUAUUAUUCCUAUAAUUAGAAUAAUUGUAGAUCAUGUUAAAAUAUUACCAGGGAAAUUAGUGAUUCUAUUUUAUUCAGUUUAUCAAUGAUUGUCAUAUUGUAACAAAAUGUAUAUUCUUGUGCCAUAUCUUGUACUUACUGAAGAAUUUGUGAACUAAGCUCUUACUUACAUGUGUUAUUGCGUAUCCACUAAAUUUUGUUGAUAUCUUUUUUGUGAAUUUUCGAAAAGUAAAUAACAAUAUUAUGACAUAUUUUCAUUUAUACAUUUCAAUGUCGCGUCGACUAACAAAAUUUUAAUUCUUCAUUCAACUGUAUUUAAUAAAAUAUUUUCACAAAGAAGAAGAUUUCAUUUCGUGCUGCCGUAACGAAGUUUAAAUUUUACAUUCGCGUUCGCAAUUGAGUUUUUAAAUUUCUUAAAUGAUUUCUUGGAAACAAAUUUAUUGUUAAACGACCACAAUUAAUAAAUCACCUUAUUAAUCUAUUGACCUGAAUUUGCGUAAAACCUUGAAGAGUAUACUCACGAAAUUGAAUUUAUAAUCUUUUUCAAAAAGAUAAUCGUUAGUAUAAAGUAUUAUCAAACUAUUUUAUUAUUAGAGAAAAAUAUUAAAAAAGCAAAUACACUGCGCAAAUAAGACAAAGGGAGAAAUGAUAUCUUCUCCGGAGGCAUUUGAGAAAAAUCUUAUGUACUAUAUAAAAUGUACGUUUAAUUAAAUCAAGGGAAAAUCGCAAAAUACUUCAAGUACUUUAUUUCAAUUAGAAAAUUGAAAAAUUUUUUUCAAAAUUUUUUUUUUUUUUU